AUGGCGAUGUCGUGUAAAUAUCUUCAAAGGGCUGCCUAUUCUGAUUCCAUCUGGCAAUCCCUUUUCAGACAUCGUUGGCCACAGCCUAUACCUUUAUGCUCUUCUCAAGUGUCAAAUGUCAGGGACACAUACCUGACCAGGCAUGCUACUGUACAACAGUUUAAGUACUUAGAUCCCCGAUCUUCCGACUUCUCUACAUUUGGAAAACCUUCUGAACAUAUUUUGUUGGAUAAAAACAAUGUCAUCUUUUCACAGGGUUCAUUGAUACGCAUAUUGGACACUGAUAGCCUUUUUACUGGAAGCAAUUCUCUUGUGACACAUGAUAACCACAAUGCUAGGAUUACUUGUAUGAGAUUAUUUCCCCUUGGUGAAACUUCGAUGUAUCAAAGUGAGUUAGGAAAAAAUGAAAAUGUUCUGAUAACAUCAAGUUGUGACCAUUUUAUUCGCCUGUGGUGGAAGGGAGGGUGCCAUCGAUGCUUUAAAGGUCAUAACGGCCCUGUUUUAACCCUGUCAGAUAGACUGCUAGGUCAUGGCACUGGAAAAAUAUUUGCUAGUGGAGGUGAAGAUGGCACUGUUCGCCUCUGGUCCAUCAAUUCCAGUGGAAAGCGUGGCCAGCAUGCUUUAAAGGCAACGCUUUAUGGACAUGAAAAGGCUGUAUCAUUGAUGUCAGUUGCCGGGUACAAAACGUCUCUUCUGGUGAGCAUGUCAAAGAAUUCCAAGGUUAGGGUUUGGGACACCACUGCAGCAUCAUCUUCUAGUCGUUCUUCAUGCUGUGUGGGAAUGACUUCUAUUCCCGGAAAUCCUGUGGGUAUGAAAUGCCACGAGUCACUGCUGUAUAUUGCUACUGGUUCCUCUGUCAUUGCAAUUGAUUUAAGAACUAUGCGUAGAGUUUCAACAGUGAUGCAGCAAGUAAAACUACAUUCAUUUCAAGUCAUGCCUUCAAAAUCCUUAAUUUGCACAGGUGGAACUGGAAGAGCAAUGUUGUGGGAUAUUAGAAAAAGUUCCAACACACCGAAAGUAGAACCUGUCAUCGAGUUGGAUGGACAUGUGGGCCCAAUAAAGCUCUUACAUAUGGACCGAUACAAAGUUGUUGCCGGUGGACUAGACGACUCCUGUGUAAAUGUUUGGGAUGCCGAUACUGGUAACCAUACAAAUUCCUUGAUAUGUUCUCAGGAUGGAUCUCUGGGGUGUUCAGCAAUGGUUGUAGACGGAUGUCGACUUGUUACUGCGAGUGGAGAUGAAGAACAGUGUCUCUUGCGCUUCAGGGACUUCAAUACUGCUACUAGUCCUAUCUUGUCUAAUGCGUCAGAGACAAGUUCACCAGUUUCUAAAUUCUGGGUUCCCCAAUCAUAUAGUGAUUCUGAAUCAUCUGAUUACUAG